UUUUUGCAAACAUUGUAGACUACCUCAAUUAUCUUAUAACUAAUUUAUAUAGGUUGGUAAGUAAGUAUGAGUGAGUCUUUACUCUACUGGCUCCAAGGCGCUGUCUAGUUGGUCGUUUAUUUUAUGAUUACAUAUUUAAUGAGUUCGUGUUUAGUAGCUAAAGAUGAUUAAAGUAUAGAGGCCACAUGAGGUAACUCAACGAAGAGCGUCAUAUUCAUCCUAGGCGCCAUAUUAUCUAACCAGUUAUUAAGAAACAAAAACCCUAAAUUCGCUUCUUUUCAUUAAUCAUUUGGAGCCAUUGUUGGUUGUCAACAAAACACUCAGUACUUAACUAUUGUUUCUUUGCCAAUAGGUCUAUCGCCUUGUAGUUUAAACGUGCUAAGAUCAUCACAAGCUAGACUUAGUGGCGGCCUGAAACCUCUAUAAAACGAUCACCCCAUUUUUAACUUAGUAACAGUCAUAAGAGGCUUUUGAGAUACGAUCAUUGAGUGAACACGCGGUUUUGAAGUUGCAGGAAAAUCAAGUCCGAAGAUUUGCUCCCUUACACUUUACUUCCUCGAAAACUAUUGUUUGUCAAGGUAAUCAUAUGCGUUACGCUGAACGAUCAAUGUUUGUCUGUUGUUUUUGAUUUUGAAUGACAAAGUUGCUAGUCGCAGAACUCCUUGCAUUUUGGACUCUACUUUGCUAAGCAUUAAAUGUUCCUAGGCUAAUUUGUCGAUCUAGGAAAAUGUCUUCAGUAGUUAUGACAAGAAGAGAUGCGAAUCGUUUAGCACUAACCACAAUGCAAGAACCGAGAUUACAUUUUGAUGCUUUUGUGAACUUUCCUGAUUCAAAACAGUAGCUGCUAAUUAAGUUUAGGUCUUCAAGGAUCUUUGGAGAGGGAAAUUCGAUAAUAUAUUUUUUGUAACAUUGUCAUUAUUUUUUGUUGCAGAUUGAACAUGUUGGUCGUUCCUAAGUCUAAGACCGGUAUCAUAAUUCUACUAAUAGUAAUGCUGAAGGCUUCACUCAAUAACGGAAGAUCGUUAUCACAGGAUUCGCUAUAUUCUACUAAUGAUCUAGAAAGUCAAGGAUCGAUGAGAAAGGUUCCUCUGCAGAAUAAGUUUCCAUUAUCUCCAAAAAAUCAUAUGCCUUCAGGAACAUCAGUGGUCGUUCAACCAUCAUCAUCAUCGGCGACUUCUCAAAAAACACACAACAAAAAGUUUCCACUGAAGGGUGGCUCGACUCUUUUGGUUCUUCCAUUCUUAAGAACAGCAAUACCGAAAGACUGGUGCAAGACGAGAAAAUUCCUUCAGAAGAUUCAUCAUCAUGGGUGUAAUUCAACGUAUAUCACGAAUAAUGUCUGCGUUGGGCAGUGCCUUUCUGUGUUCAUCCCGAACCACUUUGUGUCAUGUUCGUAUUGCACUCCUGUUGAAAAGAAUGUCAUAAGUGUUGAACUCAAGUGUCCUGGGCUUCAAAAGCCAGUUGUGAAGAAAGUCAGUAUUGUGAAGUCCUGCCGGUGUAUGCCUUGUAGAAAAAACUACCCAUCAUAGCGACAAUAAACUAUGCGAAAAUCCAAGAUAUCUAUCUUUGAAGUCUCCACAGAGAGUUGUCCUCUCUGUAUAGUUAAGAAGUCAAUUCACGACUUCAUUAACUGAUAAAAGGCUUAGAAACGAAUGUCUGCUGUUCCGCUAUUAUAAUUACAGGCAACUAGAGAACGUGUUCUGAAACCACACAAAACAAUUUCAAUGACCCAGAACGGACAGUUCUACGAAGACCGUUAAAAAAAAAAGUUGACCACUGGAUAGUGAGACUAAAAAUAUGAACACUUCACGAUUCCACUCCAAGGAUGAAGUUAUAUUAUGAUUAUCAUCGACAGAUAAAAUCAAAAACCAAAAUUAUUAUUUGAAAGCAAUGUAAAUAUACAGAGUAAUAAUGAAAAAUUGAGUAAAAUUGUAAAUAUUGAUGA